GUUUACAGUGUGUGGUUCACUCAAAGGAAUCGACAUUCUGAACUGAUUCGCUUCGUUCGGUUGAAGGAAUCGACUCAUUUAGCUGACUUCCAUUGUUCACUCGAAGGAGUCGACUAAGAGCCGAUUCUCAUCCAUCACCUAAAGCAGCUGACUCGAUCUCCAGCGCGUCGGUGUGUGUUUAGUCUGAAUGGAUCCUCAAGCGGACAUCAGCACCCAGAGGUGACCAUAAGGAUGCAUCUCUCUGCUUUACUCUUUCACAUCAUGACCUGGGCCUGCACAGCGAUUGACCCCUCCCCCAAGAUUGACGGACAGCAGGCCUCCAUGGUAACCGUACAGGAGAAUGUCACUCACCGCUUCAGCUGCCAAUCAGAAGGCUGGACCCGUGAAGCUCCGCCCCUUCUCACCUGGUACCUGAACGGGGAGCGUCAGAGUGAGGUGAUGGGCAGCCGGGGGGCGGGGCGUGUGACAUCACAGCGGGAGCUGCGGUUCGGUUCUGAGCGGAACAGUUCGUUCACACUGAGGCCACGGCGUGGGGACCGGGAGCUGGUGUGUGCGGCGCAAAACACUGCAGACGGAGAAACCUUCAACGCCACCGUCACACUCAACGUACAGUUCCAGCCGGAGAUCCUGCGAGUGGACGCUCAUUACAGCGAGACCUCGGACCCUGGGCUCGCCCUCAUCCUGUUCGCUUUGGUUCGCUCCAACCCCCCCGCCACCAUCUCCUGGGUGGACCAGUCCGGUCAGCUGGUGGCCAACAGCUCUGACUUCCUGAUCCUGGACUCGCGGAGCUUCCCCUGGCUGGCCAAUCACAGCCUGCAGGUCACGCUCAGCAGCCUAUCAGGAAACCUCUCGCUCAACGCCAGCAACAGCCUCGGCUCCGCCCACUCCAACCUCACGCUCACAGAGUUCCUGCAGUCACGGGUGGAGGUGCCAGUGUUCGGGAUCGUGACGGGUGGAGUCGCCGGCUUCAUCACACUCCUCAUCUUCACCCUGAUGGUGUUCUUCCUCAUACAGAAGGACAAAACCAAAGCCGUCGAAGAGCCGGCUGCAGUGCAUCUGUCCUCCUCUAGACGUGGUGAGCUGGUGAAGGUGCAGGUGAACGGUGUGUAUCUGCCUCGAGAGAACAUGUCUCUGCCAUCACACGUGCAGCUCAAUGAUGAUCGAGCACUGUGUAAGGGACAGCAGAACACACUGGAGAGGAGACGAGGAGAUGAGGAUGAGGAGGAUCUGUCUGCAGCGUACGCCGCUCGAGGUUUUGCUCGCUAUCCGAUGGUUGGCUACAUCUACAAAGUGAGCAGCACCAGCAGUGAUGAGAUCUGGCUCUGAAUAUCUCACACAGACACACACUCAUGUGUCACACAAACACAUCUACACACCACCAAACCCUCUGACCUCUGACCUUUGACCUCACAGGGGUCAGUCGGGAUUGACCUGUAAGCUGUAAGGUGAUCAUGACAGCGGACACUAUGUGAUCAGCCCAGAAAUAUUCCCCAUGCUGUUACGGACCGAGCUGAAGCUCCACGAUUUAGAAGAUGAUAGAUCUGCAUGAUAAUCACCAGUAAUC